AUGGCACACGCAGAAGAGGCGCAGCAAAGUGGGAACCUGGUCCUGUACGCUGUUGUGGGCGUUUAUCUCGCCCUACUGGUCUUCACUGCGCAUGUGGCACGUGCGAGGAAGAAGAGAGAGUCACAGGUGCUUGGCAAGGUGAAAGCUCACUUCAGCGGCUCCUAUGGUUCCUUCGUGCUCAUGCUCACCACCUUCUCCACCGUCUACUCCGGUUUCACGGUUACCGGGAUUCCAGACGAGGCCUUUUCCAAAGGCUUCGUGUCUCUCAGAUGGAUUGGCGCCACUCUGGUCAUUGUCGCGGGGAUGCUCUUGCUCUACCCCAGGCUCCGGAGGUUGGCUGUGGAGCGCAACUACACAAGCCCGUUCGACUUCAUCUCGGAUCGCUUCGGCACAAAGCGCGCGAGAGUCCUCUGUGCCAUCUGUGGGGUGAUCCCAAUGACGCUGUACAUCACAGCUCAGAUGCUCUCCUUCGCUGCCAUGGUCGAGGGGAUGACCAUGCAAGUCCUUCCAAAGUCGGUCAGCAUGCUGCUGUUUUGUGCGAUGAUACUAACCUUGGAGAUGUUAGGAGGAAUGAACAGCGUGGUGUUCACUGACGUGGUGCAGAGCAUUGUCAUGAUCGCCUCGUUUCUGGUUGUUCCCUUCUUAAUCGGAGCAGAGUGGGGAUUCCUACCCCAGAUGGCGCCUGCGGAUUGCCAGUAUUUGGAGCAUGUUUCGCCACAUGCACCAGAUCGGUUUGCUGCGCCAGCUCCCUGUGUGGGGCCCGAAUGCCUCCCUGCCGGCUGCAUUGGUGCUGCGCAGCCCGAGUUUUACGAUUUCCCCAGUAGAUCAACAUUCUGUAGCAUCUUGUUCUUCUUGACGAACAUGCUUGCCGCCCCGGUGCAGCCCCAUAUGCUUCAGCGAGCCUACAUAGCACGGAGCGACUUCGAUUUGCGCAUCGUCAUUGGCGCCAUGCUGCUAGCCCCAUUCAUUGCCCAGCCCCCCGGCAUCGUGAUCGGCCUCACAAAGGCCGCCAAUGACCCUGCCUGGCCGGCUAUUGAUCAAGAAGCCACGGCCUUCUCCGGGCUAACUGCGCAGCUAAAGCUUGUGGGUCCAUUCCAGUACUUCCUGGUGUCUGUGAUGACGUGCUCAGCUCUUGCAGCCAUCAUGUCCACAGCUGACUCUGCUCUGAUGGGCGUUUCGAGUGUGGUGUCGAUCGACAUAUUACAGGGAACUCUGAUACCCUCAAUGACCAACGAGACUGUGGUGCGAGUUGGUGUGAUGAGCUCUUUCUUCACCUGCGCCGUAGCCUUCUUCAUGGGCACUUUCUUGAGCUCCGACCAGAUGGGCGCAAUCAUCGUCUUUCAGAACGGCAUGCUGCUACAGCUUCUGCCGGCAUUCGGGAUUGGCCUCUACACGAAAGUUUCUGAGCGAUCAGUGAGCUCUGGCAUCAUUGUUGGCCUUCUGUCCCUACUGUUGCUCGUGAUUUUUGGCAACCCUCUGGAUGAAUAUGUGCCCGACAUCAACGUGUCAGCUUUCCUAAAUUUCCUUACCGUUGCCCUGGUGCACUUCCUUAUUCCCGGCUCAUCGGGUAAAGAGUUGCUCGACAUCACCAAAGUUCGUUCCUACAUGGCCACAUCUAGGGAGCCCAGCCUCGUGUUGCUUCUGCUCAUGUUCGCCAUAGCCCUGGUGUCGGCGCCGUGGUACAGCACGCCUGGAGAGAAGGAUCCCAUGUUUUGGGGCAUUCCUCGAUGGGGCUGCGUGCAACUCGGUGCCUUUGUCGUCAUCUUUGCCAUUGGCGCCAUAGCCGUUGUCAGAUGGAAGCCCCCUCCGGAGGCGAGGCAAGAGACCCACGCACCCGGUGAGAAAGUCGAUGGUGUCGCAGCAGCGCAGAUCGAAGCUGACGUGGCCGACUCCGUGAAAAUGAAUCGCGAGGUGCAGAUCCUGCAGGGACUACAUCAUCCGAGGAUAGUCAACCUCCAUGAUGUACACAGAACGAAGCAAUGGGUGUUCCUAGUUAUGGAACUGGUCCGGGGCGGUGAGCUUUUCGACGCGAUUGUGAGUAGCAAGACGCUCAACGAAGUUGAGGCGAAGUACAUCUUUCGGCAACUUCUGGAGGGUGUUGGCUACAUGCACUCCAAGAACGUCAUACACCGGGACUUGAAGCCAGAGAACAUCCUCAUCGGCUCUAGCAUGGAGCUGCCUCCGCCUUUGACGGGAAUCUUGCGCGAGGUGAAGAUAGCAGAUUUCGGCCUUUCCAAGAUCAUCAACGAGGGCUCCUCCUUUGCGAAGACCUUUGUGGGGACACCCCAGUAUUGGGCUCCUGAGGUCUUGAAUGUGCAGAGAGGCGGUGGGGUCUACACGCAAGCCGCGGAUUUCUGGAGUCUGGGUGCUGUGCUCUUCGUCAUGCUGGGUGGCCGUUAUCCUUUCGACGGGAAAGCGAUGCCGCUCGAGGAGCAGAUCCGAACUGCCAGCUACAGCAUGACAUCCCCGGCCUGGCAGCGCGUGUCCGAGGAAGCAAAGGACAUGGUUCGGGGGUUGCUGAAGGUGAAUCCCACGGACCGGCUCAAGUUGGAGGACUGCAUAGUCCAUCCAUGGAUGGCUGGAGGGGGAAUUCCGCCAGCCAUGGAACCGCCUCGGGCAUUGCCCCAGAUGGUGCCGAAGGAUUUCAUAGCUGAGACGCAUCCGGGUCCUGUACCGAUCGUCACGCACCCACCAUCAUCGAGUGAUCUUUCGGCAAGAUCGGACAGCUUUGGGAAGGAGCGGGCGAAGAGCGGCAGCUCUGCCGCCAAGGCGGCUGCGACGCCGGCCUCUGAGGGCUCGGCAGCCUCGGCUGCACAGUUUCCGCCACCUGGGGCCUCCCUGGUCAAUGUCAACGAGCAGCCUGAGGAAGACGAGGACCUCAUCUUUUGUCUGAACGAGCUCCUCAAGCUUCAGGUUUCGAUUUCCAGCUCGCUGGAAGUUGCCUCGUUGGCUUUCCGGCAUGCGGACACAGACCUGUCUGACAGCAUCCGCCGAGCCUUCAAUGAGGCGAACACGCUCUCUGCGAAAGCCGCCGCUGCCGUCGCUGGCUACGCCCAGGUGGCCCAGCAGGUGAGUCGCAACAUUCUUCCCGACCUGAAGCUAGCCAUUCAGGAGAAGGAACCGAACUUAGCUGUAAGCCUGCUUGGCAUUGUCAAAGAGUGGGUCAGCAACAUGAAGAAGGAUGGGGAGCAAAUCCAACAGCACUACAGCUGCUUGCAGCAGUCCGUGCAAACCCUCAUCCUCGGUGCUCAGCGAGCAAAGAGCAGUGCUGACCAGCGACUGGCGGCAACUCUACAAGAGCAGGUCGCCGACAUGGAUGGAGACUUGCCAGGGCUUCCUGGAGGGUUUGGCCCUCCCUCUCUCGCCCUCGAAGGAGGGCACGAGGAGAAGAAGACCAGCGAAGGCCUGGGCAAUGUGGCAAGCCAGCGGCCCGAAGUGAUUGUUGCCGGAGGAAGUUCUGUUCCACAAUCCUUGGCGCCUCAAGUACCACAGCCUCAGCCAGGCAAGAACGAGACCACAUUGAGUGUGCCGUUCAGCAUGAACAUGUGGACAAGGCACUUGUUUGAUCAGCUGUCGGGCCUUCCAGAAGAAGGCAAGAAGCCGCUGCGGCCAGGAGCUGGCGAUGCCAGCAACUUGCCGCUGGCAGACAACUUGGAGGAGUGGAAGUCUGACGUGCUGGACUUGCUGUUCAUGGCACCCGGUAUGGGACAGAAAUCCCUUCCAAAGCCGGAACCCUUCCAGCCUCCUCAGGCUUUGCCACGAGUGGACUCUUCUUCUCACGAGGUCAUUAACUCUGCAGAGCAGACUGAGCCCAGCCUGCAGUCAAGCAUCUCUCGAGGCCAUGCCGAGAGCUCCGUCGAGGAUGUCAACAUGGACGAGGAUGCGUAUGCAGACGCCAUCAUCCAGUACAACGAGUGUGCCAAUGAGAAAGAAUUUGUCAAAAACACCUCGGGUUGUCUCAUUCGAGCUCUUCGGGAGCUGAAGCGCGUGGACGAGAUCCUUCAGGGCUGCUCAGCAUUCUGGGCGAACAUGGAUGGCACUGUACAGAAACUUGCUCAGAUGAAGGAGCACACUGAAUGUCUCGUCAACUUCGCCAACAGCAGCAAGCUCCUGCGUGAGAGGUUUGAUCAGCGACUGUCGGAGUACACGACCUUCUGGACUUCUCUUGAAAGGCUAUGCAGGCAGUACUGCGUUGACUACCAGACCUUUCACAAGAAGAUCCAGGACACGAUUCGAGAUGUCUCCAACCUUGCUGAUGUAUAUGACACAGCUCAAAGCGCUCGGAUAGGUGUGGCUAUGGGCUACAGGGAGAAAGAGAUGAGGAGAGGUGGCGGCUAUGUAGUGCAGUGA